AUGGAUCUCUCCAGUUCGAUCCCCCACUCCCCCACUCCUGCUGCCUCCCACACCCUCCCUCUUCUCCCCAAUUUCUCGCUCCCCUCCUCCUCACCCUCCCUGUCCCCUUCUCCGAGUCUAGCCUCCACGGCCCUCUUUUGCUCUGUGCUCUCCCUCAUGUCUCUCCUUGGCAUUGGGGGAAACCUCUACACUUUAGGGCUCCUAUUGGGGCGACGCAGAGCUUCUUCAUCUCUCCACCUCCAGGUGUUGAGUCUAGCCCUAGCGGACCUCCUCUACCUCUCCACCGCGCCUUUCAUCGUGUACGACAGCCUGGCCGCAGACUGGGCCUUCGGGGAGCUGGGCUGCCGGCUCCUGCUCAGCCUGGAUCUCCUCACCAUGCACGCCAGCAUCUUCACGCUCACUGCAAUGAGCCUGGACCGCUACAGGGCUGUCGCUGACCCACUGGCAGCCUCCUCCUCCCCAUCGCCAGGCCUGCUUCGAGUCGCCUUGGCCUGGGGGUUGGCGCUGGCCCUUAGCCUCCCCAUGAUGAUCACUCUCCACCUGGAAGAUGGGGAAAACCAGGAGGGCAAGCUAUGCGUGCCGGCCUGGGAUGAGCAGAGCUCCAAGGCCUACAUGAGCGUUCUCUUCUGCACCAGCAUCCUCGGCCCAGGACUGGCAAUUGGGGCACUGUAUACUGCUCUGGGCCGCCUGUACUGGGUCUCCCAAACCCAACCUCCCUGGGCAAACACAAGCAGCACCUACCCCCCCCGCGCACCCCGCCCUAAGGUCCUGCUGUUGAUCCUGGGAAUAGUUCUGGCCUUCUGGGCCUGCUUCCUCCCCUUCUGGAUCUGGCAGCUGCUGCCCCUGUACCAACCAGAGGUGCUGAGGUCUGUCCCCACCAGCACUCAGGUUACCGUCAACAGAGUACUCACAAGCCUCACUUACGGGAACUCCUGUGUCAACCCCUUCUUCUACACCCUGCUCACCGGCAAACGAAAGCGCUCCAGGCAGACUCCCACGGCAGGAGCCCAGCUGUCCCCCAAGGGGAGUUCAAUUCAUUGA